AUGGACAAAUUAUUAUUUUUAUCAAUUGUGUUACUAUUGUAUCCUUGCUGCUCUAGUACCGAGCGAGAUCGUGUGUUCGACAAUCUGCAGCGUCGACUGGCUGCGCAGGACCUGAGCGAUCGCGGUGCGGAGGCGGAGGAUGUGUACGAGGAUAAGCGCAGCGUGCCGCAAGCUGCACGCUCCAGUCCGGCUGCAGCCGCUGCAGUACCGACGACAGCGCUGUGCCGCUUCUUCGUGCUGGGCAAGUGCCGCUACGGCAGUCGCUGCACGUACUCGCAUGCGCUCCCAGAACAGGUGAGCGAGUGUGCAGCGGAUGAGGCUGAGGGACUAUCGGCGGCAGCAGCGCUCGUAGACUGCCCGUUCUUCCUUCGCGGCAAUUGCAAGUACGGAGAGCACUGUCGACUUCGCCACAAUCCUGCCAUGCUGCUGGGGGCUGCGACCUCCGCUCACUUCACAUGCGGUAUUUGCUUCGACGAUAUUAUUCAGUCUGGCAAACAUUUUGGCCUGCUAAGCUGUGAUCACUGCUUCUGCUUGGACUGUCUUCGUGAGUGGCGCCAGUCGAAGGAUAUGGAACUGGAAGUGAUUCGCGCGUGCCCGGCGUGCAGAGUGCCUAGUGACUUCAUUGUACCCUCGCUCAUCUUCUGUAAAGGCGAGGAGAAGCGCAAAGUGGUCGAGGCGUACAAAAGCCACUUGGCUCUGCGCGAAUGCAAGUACUUUAACGGCCUCUUCGGUAGCUGCCCGUUUGGGCCGCGCUGUUUUUACGCGCACCGCGACGCUGAAGGUCGUGACGUAAAGCACCUGGAUCGCCCCAAGCGCUCCAUGAAGCCGCGGCGUGGCCGGAACGGACGACAAGGUGGUGAUGCAGCACUGCAAUCGUUGCUGCAGCAGUACAGCCACCUUUUCCGCUUCUUCGAAGUUGCAGACUGGGACGACUUCGAUCUGGUCGGUGGCUUGUACGACUCGGAUGACUCGGAUGACGACUACUUCGAGUAUAACUAUGGUUUUUCGGACGAUGAAUUUGACUCAGAUUGAGCAGCAGAUCAAGGGUGACAGCGCACUAUAUGGUGGGGUGGUUGUAUGCGGAAAAAGCGAAGCGGCGAAGAAGAAAAAGAGAAACGAAAGCAAGUAUAACACUGCGAUGAAAACAAGAUCACGCAUUUAAACGUC